AUGGAGCGAUCGCUGGCCCUCGCUUUGGCGCUGAUGGUCUGCUUCUUGCCCGCGCUCGACAGCGCGCCUUCAGAGUAUCAGCUGGAUUCGACGGUGACGCCGUGCGAGGCGCUGAGAAACGCCGCCGGGCCUCCGGAACGCCGCCCGCAAUGCACGCAUGACGGACGCUUCAGGCCUGUGCAGUGCAGCGGACGGGGCCAGGAGUGCUGGUGCGUGGAUGCCAAAGGACAGGAACUCCCCGGGACGCGGACCAACAAAUCCGUCCCGCAGUGCGCGUCGCCGUGUCACCUUCAGUCAUCCCUGCGCUGCUCGCCGUCGGGCGACUUCCUGCCGGUGCAGUGCGACUCCGGCGUGGGGCAGUGUUGGUGCGUCGACCGGGACGGCAUGGAGAUAUACGGGACCAGACAAAGGGGAACGCCGCACCGCUGCCCCGGCAGCUGCGCGGCGCUUUCUCGACGUCUCCUUCACACCGCCGUCUCCUCGUCCGCGUCGCCUCAGUCUUCGCCGCCGCAGUGUUCCGAGGACGGCGACUUCCUUCCCGUUCAAUGUCGGCUGGUCAACAUGACGGACAGGCGAGAGCUGGACAUCCUGCACGCCUUUAACACAUUCCCACAAGCCUUUUCCAACUUCAAAUCUUUCCGGAAGUUCUUCCCGGGGGUUUCCGCCUACUGCUUCUGCUCUGACAGCAGAGGGCGCGAGAUGACCGACACAGGUGCGGAACUCUUGACGUCCGAUGUGUACGACUCGGCAUUCUCCGGCCCGGGCGUUGCCCGUUCCUUCGCCGAGUCCACGGUCUUUAAGGUUCUUCACAGGAGGACGCUGGGACUCCGGCUGGCCCUCGUCGGAAAAUUCCGUUGUCCGUCUGCUUGCGAGGAGGAGCGGAGGGCGUCCACGUCCGAGGCGUUCGUCCCGUCCUGCGAGGAGGACGGGAACUUCUCGUCCAAGCAGUGCCAGCAGGGGGGGCAGUGUUGGUGCGUGGACUCGGCGGGGGCGGAGCUUCCCGGUACGCGUCGCCGCGGAGACUCCCUGGUCUGCGGAAACGCCGCGUCCGAGGACUGCGCGUCUCUCCGCCGCACUUCCUUGUCCCGCUUGUUCUCGGGUCCCCUGGAAGCCCGUCUUCCCGUCCCCUCGUCGCCGGGUGUCUCGGUCUCCUGUCCGGCCCUCCUGCGCUCCGUCAAAGCUCUCCUUCCCCAGGAGGCGGACCCUCGGUCCUCCCUGUCUGUCGCGGCCGACGUCUUGCACGGGCUCUUCCCCUCUGCGGGCGGCGCUCUAGAGGCUCUGGCCGCCACAUCUCCCGGGCGUCUGCAGGAGUUUCUGUUCGGCGGGAAGUUCCUGAAGAACGCGGCUACCUUCAAUCUGAGCCGCGCGGUGGGAACACGGGGCGCCCUGCGUGCGGACGAUGCCGCCAGCCCGCAUCAGAACCUGGUACUCGCCGUCAGUCGGGCCAUGGAGGACCGGGACUUCCUGGCCGGGGUGCGGCUCAUCCUGACCGGAGCUUCGGGAUCCGCCUCCGUGCGGCAGGCGCUGACCCCCACGUUCCGGGCGUGUGCCGGCAACGGCCGGGACGACGCGCUGUCCGUCUUCGUUCCCGACUGCGCGGCCGACGGUUCCUUCAUGGAGGUGCAGUGUCAGGGCGGCGAGUGCUGGUGCGUGACCCCGAGAGGCGGAGAGUUGGCGGGGACGAGGACGAGCGGCGGACGGCCACGCUGUCCGUCUCUUUGCGAGAAGAGGAGGGCGGCGGCCCUGCAGACGCGAGACGAAAUGGCGGCGGGGGCCGACGUCCAGGUUCCCGCGUGCUCGCCGGACGGAGGUUUCCUCCCUCUGCAGUGCGGACGCACGGGGUGUUUUUGCGUCGACCGGCAGGGGGCGCCGAUUGCCACGCAGUCUCCAGGGGGUGCACUGGAAUGUCCUGACGCGGACUCCCAGAAGCCUCGCUCACCAACAGGUGAAUGCUCACGGGCCUUACAGGAAGUGGCGGCCUUCAGACAGGAAGUCAGCAAAAUGGUGGCGCUCUCCAAUUCCUCCCACCUACCGGCCGGAUACUCUUACCUAUUGGCCGAGGGCGUGCGCCUGACCUCGGAGGAGCUGGGUUCGGAGGAGGCGCAGCGCGUCUCCGAUUGGCUGCUGAGUCGCUCCAAAGCUGCGCUGCGAAUGGCCGCCUACUCCACCUUGCAGAUGCUGCAACCUGUGGGACGUCUCUCUUAUCAGCCCUUCAGUCCAGAGUGUGACGACCACGGAGAAUGGCGGCCCACGCAGUGUUACCACGGCAAAGGUCAGUGUUGGUGCGUUGACGAACACGGCGAGUACGUUCCGGGAUCGCUGAGCGAACGUUCGAUCCCGCCGGUCAAAUGUCUCACUCGCUGUCAAAGAGCUCGGAGUCACGGGCUGCUCUCCGGUUGGAUGAAAGCCUCCAAUGACACGGAUGACACAGCGCCGGGCUACCGCCCACAUUGUGACGAGGAUGGUCACUUCUCCGUUCUUCAGACAGAGGGCGCCGCAGGCUGGUGUGUUCACCCUGUGAGCGGCGAGCGACUGCGGGACGCCGCCCCGGGCCCAGACGGCCGGCUAUCCUGUCCCAGCCAGUGCCAACUUCAGGGUCUCCAGUGCGGCCCUGACGGCUCCUUUGCUCCUCUGCGGUGUGACGCCACAACCUGUUGGUGCGUGUCCGAGGACGGACGGGAAGUGGCGGGAACCCAGGAACUCCGAGCGACGGGUCGCACCCCGUCUUGUGACUGUCCCGCUUGUCCCGCCACCGUCGCUCGCGGCACCCUCUUGUGCCGCCCCGCGCAAGAUGGCCGCCAGAGCUGCGAGCUGGUGUGCGAGCGCGGGUACGUCAACUCGCUUCCCGCACGUGGUUUCAAGUGCGACACGAGCGAUCGCCGAUGGGAGGGCGACCUCCGACCUCUGCCCGGAGCCUGUCAGAUGAUCACGCCCCCUCAGCGGAUGUUGGCGUCUCAGACGUGGUCGUUGGCGGCUCCUUGUUCGGACCCUGGAGCUCUACAAUCGCAGCUCUUCCACGACAUGACCACCGGGGGGCUCUGUUCGGCUCAGCUCCCAGCAUCCAGGCGCAGCAUAGCACUAUGUGACGACUCUUCAGUACGCGUGCGCUGCCACAACAACGCGUUGACCAACGUGACGGCCGCCUGGACCGUCUUGACCUCUGACCUCCCGACCUCCGAACUGCCCGACCUUCACGACGCAGCGGUGUUCCUGAACAUCUCGCAUCUCCUGGAGCGAUUUGAGCUCCUGCUUACGAAAGGCACGGACAUCGCGGCGAUCUCUCGAUCGGACGCAGCGCCCUCGCUCCGAGCGGGCUGUUCCCGCAGCUACCGCCUGAGCGACGACGGCCGAGGCUGCGUGGUUUGCCCUGCCGGCAGCUACUCCGCGGAAGGGGCGUGUCUCCUAUGUCCCGAAGGAAGCUAUCAGGAUGCGGAGGGGCGGGACUCGUGCGACCGUUGCCCUGCCGGCUCCUCCUCCUCUCCCGGAGCUUUUUCCGUCAAUCAAUGCGUGACCGACUGUCAGAGGCGUGGCCUUCGUUGCUCCAGCGGCGGCGACUUCCUGCCUGCUCAGGCCGACCUCCCGUCUGGCAGGUGGAGUUGCUUUAAUAGCAAGGGGGCGGAGCUAGAGUGGACCAGGAGUAAUACGCCCCUCAAGGAUGACGAAUGCUCAGUCUUACGCAGAUUUGAGGCUGUCGCCAGGUCAGAGGUCAUCUUUGGAGCUCAAGACACAGAAGUCUUGCAGAGCACGAUCUCUGACCUCAGAAAAUGUGCUCAAGCAUGCGCAUUGAACGCCUCCUGCCACCACGUGGCGCUGUUCGCCGGCCAAUGUCAAAUCUACAGCACGCACCCGCUGAACACGCGCUGCAACAUUUCCGAGCAGGUGAAAGGCUUUCUGGGUAACGGUCAGGCCGAGUUUUACGAUCAGUUGAAAUGCCUGGUGAGGGUGAAGGGCGUGGCCUCCGACACACUAGUCCUGCGGAAGAUCGGGGCGGAGUCAACUUCGGACUUUGUGAGGUCGUCCAUGUCGAAGGCGGAGUCCGGCGUGUUUAGGACGUGGGUGUUCGGCGACGCGUCGCUGGCCGAUGCUCAUCGCUUCUGCGAGACGGGUUGUCGCCGCGACGACUGUUGCCAAGGUUUUGUCCUCAACCGAAACAGCUUCAGCGGCGGUUCUCUGCUCUGCGGUUGGCUGAGAUCACCGCCCGUCUUGACGUGUGGCCAGCGGGACUGGGACGUGACUGGACGCGGCGCCGCCAAUCGUAUUUGUGGGGCGGGGCUAGCAUACAACAAGGGCCAACGCAACUUUCUCUUUGACUUUGGCGGACAGAAGUUUACCAUCGACGAGUCGGCGCUUCCCGCGUCGACCGCUUCCAAAAAGGAUUACCAGGCGUCCUUGGUGGACUUCCAGGCCGUCUACCUGGCAAGCGACCCCUCGGAUGCCGCUUCCUGUGCGCUGGAUCCCGUCUUGACUCCGCCUCUUGAUGGUUCAGUGCAGAUGAAGUUCUCAGCUCUCCCCAACGACGACGUGUCGGCGGAUGCUGGGACGUCGCUCCCCGUUCUGUCUUUCCUGCUCAACAAGAAGACCUUCACUUCCCAGCAGGCUUUGCUGUGGUGCCUGACGCGCUGCGACGGCGAAGCCGGCUGCUCGCUGGCCCGGGUGGACUCGGCCCGCUCGCCGGCGGGUUUCCACGACUGCUCGAUGUUUCCUGACACUCGCGUGUGCGGCGCCUACGACACGCCGCUGAGACGACCCUGUCGCGUCCUACUGGACGGGAGGCUUAACGGCGUUUUUAGCAAGAAAGUGGACCUCCUGGGUCCGGUAAAGAGCUUCUACCAGCGAGUCCCCUUCCAGAAGAUGGUCUCCUAUUCGGUGCGCCGUCGCGUCAACGUGGAGGCAAACUUGUCGCUGCCCGAUGGGUUCGUGGCUUGCGAGCGCCGUUGCGACGAGGACGCUUGUUGCCGUGGUUUCGGCUUUAUCCGAGACUCCAAAGAUGGUGGCACAGGUGUCGUGUGCGUGAUUCUGAUCAGCCUCGGGAUUCAAACAUGCACCGAAGACCGGCAGAGCUCGUGGAGCGUCGGAGAUUGUCGACAAAAGGACGUUCACACGGCGCCGACGCCCUUCGGCUGGUACCAGAAACCUGUCAAUCAGUGGACUUCGUCUCCUGGUUUGUGUCCUGCCUUUACUCUGCCAACUUUGAAGAACAACGUGUCGACGGACGACUGGACUCUGCUGCCCGAGUCGUCGCUUCUGCUGGAUCCGUCGUCUCCUUCUUAUGAUGUCAUCCACAUCAGCCGUGACAUUGCCACCGACCCGGACCGGACCAGGGACUGGUGCCUCCAAGCUUGCCGGGAGGCGGAGACUUGCGCAGCCGUGUCAUUAGCGGAAUCGCCGUCGGCCACUCGCUGCGUCCUUUACCCGGACACCACCUUGUGUGGCCUAAGCUCCGCCCCCGACUCGGGAAGCCCCGCCUUCUCCUGCCGUCUGGUUGUCAGAGAGCCCGCCCCUCGCGUCUACUUGAGGACAGUUCCGUCGUCGUCCGCGAUGAACGUCGCCAUCGAGGGCCACGGCACCCUACGGGGCGUCAUCGCAGAAACGGCGUCGGGCUCGGACCGGAAGCGUGUGCUCCGGUUCCUCGGCGUACCGUACGCUCGCCCGCCCACGGGAUCCCUCCGUUUUCGAGAGGCGCUGCCGCCCGAUUGGACGGGAACUUGGGAUGCCACCCGUAUGCGGUCCAUCUGCGUCCAAGCGGGCAGAGCCGACGGCGACGAAGACUGCCUGUACCUCAACGUCUUCAGGCCCGCCGCCACGAGGGGGCGCCUUCCCGUGCUGGUCUUCUUCGUCAACGCUGCGAGCGAUCGCGGCCUGGACGGCUCCGCCCUGGCGGCCGUCGGGAACGUGGUGGUGGUGACGGCCACCUACAGGACGGCGGCGCUCGGCUUCCUCAGCGCGGGCUCGUCAGAUCUGCCCGGCAACUACGGCGCAUCCGACCAGAAAGCGGCGCUGCUCUGGGUCCGCGCCCACAUUUCCGCAUUGGGCGGAGACGAGAGCCGAGUGACGGUGGGGGCGGAGCGUGGCGGCGCCGACAUCAUCAGCCUACGCCUCCUCAGCCGCACGCCCCUUUUCCAGCGCAUGCUCCUUAUGGGAGGCUCUCUGUUCUCGCCUUCGUCAUGGCAAACGCCAUCGUCCGCCCGCCGGCAAGCGCUGCAGUUGGCCGCCGAGUUGAACUGCCCGACGGAUGACGACGGGCAAAUGGCGACUUGCCUCAGGGCGACGCCCGUGCGGGAGCUGAACACCGCUCAAACCAAGCUGUUAGCCGCCAGCGGCCCCUUCCGCUCGUGGUCGCCCGUGCGACCGCAGGACACCACGCCCGACUCCUUACGCAGGGUCGACCUUCUGCUCGGAACAUCGCAGCACGACGGACUCAUCGAGCGCGCGCGGGACGUCAAGGACUUUACGACGGCGUUGUUCGGCGGCAGCGGCGGCAAGACGGCGUUUUACGAGGCGUUGAGCCGCUCGCUGGGCGGAGCCUCGGGAAACUCGCUACUAAAAGAUGCGGCCGCCUGGUUCUAUUCGCUGGACCAUAGCUCCGCCCCCGCCGGCUACAACCUUUUCUCCCGCGCUCUCGACAACGCCACAAGAGAUCUAUUCAUCAUCUGCCCCACACUGCGGAUGGCUAGCCACUACGCCGCCAGCGGCGCUAACGUCUUCCUAUACCACCAACCGGCGACCGUGAGCAGGGCCGAGCCAUCGGCGCCGCCAGACAUGCAACUGUUCUUCGGAGUUCCUCUCCGGCCGGACACCCGGCAUCGUCACACCGACGCCGAGCGUCGUCUCUCCUUGGCCGCCAUGAGCUACGUGGCUAACUUUGUCAGGAGCGGGAAUCCGAACCCUCCCGCGUCGUGGCCGGCGAGCUCCCUGCCCCGCUGGCGUCCGGUCCUGUCCUCUCUGGCCCCGCCCGCCUUCCUGGAGCUAAGCCCCGACCUCCGUCAGAAGUCGGGCCUGCGCGAGAGGAGCUGCUCUUUUUGGAACGGCUUGGCCGCAGUUCUCGCGCGGCACGGCCAGCUAGGGGCAGAGCCGACGUUCAAUCCGGAACUCCCGGUGGAUGCGCCGGACGGCCGAUCGCAGAGCGACAAAGACGCUUACAACUGA